AUGCUCAAAGGAUUCAAACGAUCUGGCCGAGACAGUGGCGGUAAGAGUAGAAUUACAUCUGCAGACAUAUCUGGCCCAACUGCAGACCACAGCAAUGUGGUAAAACAAAUGAAGACGGUACCAAUACGGUCAGGAUCAUUAGCUUCGAGCCAGUCAGAAGGAACGAGCAAGUCAAUGCUUCCACAAGAAAAAGUUAUCAAAGCUCUGUACAAUUAUCAGGCUCAGUCGCCGAAAGAACUUUCAUUUGUGAAAGGAGAGUUUUUCAUUGUUCAAGCUGAGGACAAAGAGUGGUACGAUGCCGCGAAUCCCAAUGACCAACGGAGAGGAAUGGUACCAAAGAGUUACUUUGAAAGCUUUUCCAGAAGGAGCUCGGAUUCACAUACAGGAAACGGGUUUCCACUAACGCAGCCGCAGCAACAACCACAGCAAAUUCGCGAAAACUCCAUGGCUAUGGCAAUGGCACAAAGAUCUGGAUCCUUAUACGCUAUAGUCUUAUAUGAUUUCCGCGCAGAAAAAUCUGACGAACUUACAACUUAUGCUGGCGAAAAUUUGUUCAUCUGCGCUCAUCACAAUUUCGAGUGGUUUAUCGCUAAGCCCAUAGGUCGCCUAGGAGGCCCAGGUCUUGUUCCAGUAGGUUAUGUGAGCAUCAUCGAUAUCGAUACUGGGUACGCGACAGGUAACGAAAUCAGUGACGAUAUACACUCUGCCAACUUGCCCACAGUUCAAGAGUGGAAAAACAAUGUGGCGAAAUACAAAGCCAGCAAUAUAUCUUUAAGCUCACCUGAAAAUAAGCGACAACAGCGGAUGAGUUCGCACAGAAACUCUCUAAGCCAAGCCAACGUACCGAAUCACGAUUCUUAUUUCAAGUCUGCAAUAACUCAUGCAGCUGUGGACUCGUUUUCGCUGGAAGGCGACAAGUUUUGGUUCAAUGUGGUAUGUGAGCUACCAGAUGGUAGAACUCGUACUUUGAAAAGAUAUUAUGAAGACUUUUACGACCUCCAAGUAAAACUUUUAGACACAUUUCCUGCUGAGGCUGGAAAGCUCAGGGACGUGAGAGGUCAAUGGACUAAAAGGAUUAUGCCUUACAUCCCUGGCCCUGUACCUUAUAUCACAGACUCGAUCACGAAAAAGAGAAAAGAUGAUCUCAACAUUUAUGUCCGCGACUUGAUUGCUCUACCAAUGCACAUAUCACAAUGUGAUUUGGUCAGGUCGCUUUUUAGCGUUCGAAACAAUAAUUUUGACAAGGAAUAUACUCAAGAGCCAACGAUGACUCUAAAUCAACCGACCAACACAACUGAAAGUUCCCAAAACACGUCAUCUUUGUCCAAAAAGGCCGAGGACUCAACCCUUACAGGCGACGAUCUAAAAGUCUACGAAAUGAUGAACGGCCUUUCGCUAAAGAACUCCAAACCACAUUCUCGUCCGCCAAGUGUAUCACCUCCACAGAUGAAGCCUACGAAAAUUAAGUUUUACUACAAAGAUGACAUUUUCGCGCUUUUAUUGGACUCCAACAUAACUUAUACCGAAUUACGCACUAAGAUCGCACCACGGAUCGAGAGCCCAUCUUUCAAGCUGUACGUAAAAUUGGAGAAUUCUGUAGGCGAAGAAGUGACGGGUGACGCUCAAGUCUCAGAGGUGAUCCAGGAUAAGUUGAAAAUACUAGUUGAAGAUGCCUAG